CACACACGAGGCAGCACAUACAAAUUUCCCACGAGACCCUAGCUUCGAUUUCCUCCUCCUCUUCCUUCUUCUUACCGCUCAGGUCAGGCCCUCCGCGCCCGGGAGAUCCAGCGAGAAACCGCGGCCUCUCGCUCCGCCUCCCCCUCUCCAGGAGCAUCUAGAAGCUUCGGGAGGGGCCCGAAGGAGGGAGGGGGGCGCCGUGGGCAAUGGCGGCGAUGGAAGCCGCAGCCGAUGCGGCGCUGGCCGCCGCGAGCCGCGCCUUCUGCAGCAUCCUCGCCAUCGUGGUCCAGAUCCAGGGGUGUGCGAUCUGUUUAGUACUUGCUGCUGGAUGGGCGUAUGCUUCAUUUGUCAGAAAAAAGGUUAUAAGGAACAUGAGGCGCAAACUUGUAGAUGGAAAUAGUUUUGCAUUUCUUUGUGACGACAUAGAUGAGCUUGAGCACUCCUUUCAGGAGAAUUUACCUAGGGUCUCUGUAAUUAUGCCUUUGAAGGGCUUUGGCGAGCAUAAUUUGCAAAAUUGGAGAACUCAGAUUACUUCUCUUUAUGGGGGGCCACUGGAAUUCCUGUUUGUAGUAGAGAGCACAGAUGACCCGGCUUAUCAUGCCGUUUCCCGUUUGAUGGCAGAGUACAAGGAUAAUCUGGAGGCAAAGGUGGUUGUGGCUGGGUUCUCAACAACUUGUAGCCAGAAAAUUCACAAUCAAUUAAUUGGUGUUGAAAAUAUGCACAAGGAUAGCAAAUAUGUCUUGUUUCUUGACGAUGAUGUGAGGCUGCAUCCUGGGACGAUUGGAGCUCUCACAAAAGAAAUGGAGAAGAAUCCUGAGAUAUUUAUCCAAACUGGAUACCCCCUUGACUUACCUUCUGGAAGUUUGGGUAGCUAUUGCAUAUAUGAAUAUCAUAUGCCGUGCUCAAUUGGAUUUGCAACUGGUGGGAAGACUUUCUUCUUGUGGGGUGGUUGUAUGAUGAUGCAUGCUGAUGAUUUUCGGCAAGACCAAUAUGGUGUUGUCAGUGGAUUAAGAGACGGUGGUUACUCAGAUGAUAUGACACUGGCUGCAAUAGCAGGACAGCACAAAAGGCUCAUAUCUUCACCUCCUGUUGCUGUGUUUCCACACCCUCUUGCAAGUGAUCUUAGUUUCUCCAGAUACUGGAAUUACCUCAGGAAACAAACUUUUGUUCUUGAAUCAUAUGUAUCGAAUGUCAAUUGGAUGAUGAACCGCGCAUUAUUUACGUCACAUUGCUAUUUGUCUUGGGGAUUUGUUUUGCCCUAUAUUAUGGCUUUGGUGCAUGUAGUGACUGCUCUGCGAGCACCAUACAGCGAAAUUGUAAAGGAAGCAUCUGAUUCAUCUUGUGGUUUGAAACUAGUGGGCUUGUUGUUCAUAUGCACUCUCGCAGAACUUGUUUCAAUGUGGAAUUUGACAAAGGUGGAAAUUCAACUAUGCAAUAUGUUGUCUCCCGAAGGACCAAAAGUAUCUCUUGGUUCAUUCAACUGGGGGCUUGUGUUCAUUGCUGUGUUGGUAGACAAUUUCCUCUAUCCCAUAUCUGCAGUCAGGUCUCAUUUCUCCCAAUCAAUUAAUUGGUCUGGUAUCAGGUACUACUUGAGAGAUGGAAAAAUAAGCAAGAUCGAAAGAGAGAAUAGUUCGAAGUAUACUGAUCUUGGAGGGAAGCAUCUCUAUGGCAAGAGGACAUACCCUGAUAAUAAAUCAUUGCUUGGUUACCUGUCAAGAACAUUAGCGCAAUGGCAUCAGCCAAAGAAGUACGAUAUCUAGGAAGGGCAACCGGGAAUUCAGCCCUCAAUUUUGCAGGGCUUCUUGUUGUACACUCCUGUUUUCAUCUCUUCUUUUUCUCUUCUUUGAUUGUUUAUUGAUUGUUAGGUUCAUUCAUAUUGAAUUUUGUGGUGUUCAAGUGACACCACUUAAAAGGUUUGCACCUCAUAGUUCUCGUAACAUUAUAGAUAUGUAACAACCUGAUUGAAGAAGUGACAUGCUCCAUAUUGGUCUGAAGGUCUCGUGGUUCAUAGACUUCGUUCCUUUGUUUGGUGAACGGAGGAAUGUGCUAUUUGAUGAACCAUUGCUGUUGG